AUGGCCACUACUGCUGCAGCCUCCGAAGCGCGAGUUCCUGAUGACGAGCUUGAAGAAGAGCUCGAGCAAGAAGAAGAAGAAGAGCCAGUCGACCCGUGGGCCGGCGCACACCGGGCCGGAAGCAGACCGGCCAGCAGUCCAGUGAGCCCAGUUGAUGCAGCUUCCGAGUAUCGCCGCUUCCUGGACUACCUCAAUCGUGGCAGCCGACGACGCAGAGACCGAUCUGGUGACGAGGACGAGGACGACGGCAACGGCAGAAGCAAUGCUGGACCUCACCUUCAUGGGAUGGAGCCACCCCUUCAAGGAUUACCUGAUCAGGGCAAAGCUAUGGCUGGCCACGACAAAGGUGAAGCCGAGAGCCGCGGACCUUUGCUCCUGAAGAAACUUUCUUCGACGCCCUUCGACGACCUGAAGUACCUCGCUAAGGACGACUCCUGGUUGGCCUCAACAGACAACGGGGAGCAGCUCCUGAAGAUCAUGGGUACGAAGGACCUCUACGGCGAGGACGAGCGAGAAGACAUGUUGCAAAGCUUGGUCAAGAUCACGUACACGCUGCGACGUCAAAAGGAGCACAACAUCGAGCUGCCCGGCGAAUAUCUUGGAUUUCUCCUCACGAUGGCUCUUCAAUUGACAACCGAAGAAGUUAAGCUCCUCCUGAACUUUACGCAGGGGAAGCUUGACCAAAAGUCCGUCAAGGAAUGGGUCGAUGGCGAGAAGGCAGCGGCGGUCCAUCACCUGCACGGCGACGGCGACAUCGAGGACUUCCACGACGAGAUUGAUCACGACGAGGCCGAGACGAACGACGAUAGCUUGGAGGUACUGCUCAGCGCGAUGCAGGACCUGGACGCCCCCGACGGCGCGAACACUUCAGGAACAAGUGGCUGCUUUGACGAGGAGGAUGCGCGCGAGAUCCUGGCCGCGAUGGUUCGUGAACAUGCCCAGAAGAAGACCUUUACUGCCGUGAACGCCGCCAAGAAGAUGAAGUCUCUCGCCCGCGGCUUCGGAGCCGGAGCUCGGAAAGGCAAGGGCCAUGGCAAAGGCGUUUCCCUCGAUGGAUCUUACCGCAUAUCCAUCGAAAGCCUCAAACGGCGCACACGAUGCGCUCACUGCCAUGAGGUCGGGCAUUGGCAUAGAGAGUGCCCGAAGAAAACCUCGAGCUCGACUACCAGACCGACGCCCGAGAACGCCGUGCAUUACAUGGAGGCUGGCUCCCACGAGGCGAUGUUCAUUGGCUACCAGGACUUCUUGAAGAUCAAGCAGGCUGCCUUGUACGAGGGCGACGACGGCCAGGCAGCCGGAGCCAAGGACCCUGCCAUGUCCCACCAACAAUACAUGCCGCGCGUGCCCAGGGUUCAUGAGGCCAUGUUUGUUGAGCAGGUUGCCGUUGCGUCGCACCUUAGAAAUAUGGACGAGGACCUUUGUGCAACGGUGGACACAGGUCUUGAAGCCGUGAUCAAGCCCGAGACCCACCACUUCAAAUCCAUCAACGUUCCCAAAGCUUUGGUGAUCCUCUCCAGCAUGCCCACGGACUCCAAGAGAAGCCGCGUGGAAAAGGAGGAGAACGUCCGUCUCCAGAUGGCCUGGCGGCGCAUGGUGCUGAAACAGCUCACCAUCCUGGUCCACACGAUGCAUCGAGUGGUCUUCUCCAGCAUGGGCAUGAGCAUACCGCCUCUGCUGCCAAGCCUUCUGGACCCGAAGCCCGUGAAUCAGGACCCCAGACGACCUCCGUCUCCAACGCAGACCGAGACCUCAACGGGCAACUUCAUUGCGAUCGACGACUUCAUGGACAACGACCGCUCGGCAAAUCGGAUGAAGUGUUUCUGCGGUGGAUCCGGUCACGCUGACCACCAGGAAGGAGGGCCGGAACUACGGCAGGGUCUUCCUUCGCUGCCCACGUUGGCAGCUGCCGACAAGACGCUGUCAGUUCUUCGUGUGGACCUCCGAACAGCCCCAUUGGACGCCCACGGAGAACGCCGAAGCCUGGCUGGGAUCGAAUCCCUCGACACCACCGCGGACCACGACAAGGCGAAGGAGACCGAGGCGGUCAGUCAGUGCCGACACCUGAGCACGACAAGUGCGGGUUCGAACCAGUACUACAAGAUGGUCAAGCGCAAGCACUGCAACGAGAUCCUCUCCAAAGUUCCAAAGAACGUGGACAAGACAAGCCAAGAAAGGAUCUCCACUCCGUCAUCGUCGAGCGCAGCCGCGGCCACGAGCACGAGCGCGAGCAAGCCCAAGCACAAGACGUCGAAGCCCGAGAAGCCCAACGAGGACGAGUACGAGGAGUACCUGGAGUUCAAGAAGUUCCAGGAAAUGAGGCUGCUGCGGAUCAAGGGCGUGAACAAGGUCCAUGCAGACCAGUGUGCCUAUGGACUUCACAAUGAACAUGGGCAACCUCACCGAAAGAGCACGUCCUUCGCUGUGAACAACCCGCUCCUGGAAAAGGCCUUGCAAAGACGAUGUCCCUGCGACCACGAGCAAAGCAAGAAGACCUCCCAGUCUGCCGGCAUCUACCCGAAUGGUCUGGUCCACGCCAUUCUUCGGGCCUAUGCCAAGUCGAUCCACAGGAACGCCGACGAGAUCCAUUGGAUUGACUCCGACGAGGUGAUCCAGGUGGAUCACAACAAGGACGUCAACUAUACUUCGGACUAUAAGGAGGAGCUCGAGGUCUAUGUCGGCGAAGACGGACGUCCCGCUGAACGUCCAGGAGUACCACGACGAGACGGUUCCCCCGAGACCUUUGGCGUCGAGCCGCGACUGACUGAGGAGACCGGCUGGAAGGUCACGAGGCUCGGCGACUACCAUGGCGAACUUCAUGGAUUCGACGAGGCGAACGAUGGCAACUCUUCGAGGACGAGGUCAACUGGCAAAAUCUACAUCAACAACCUGUUCUUGAACCGUGCCUUCGGUGUGUUUGUCUACACCGAGCUCGACUCGAUCUCCGUGCCGAUCGUCAGUUUCGACACUUUCCUGGGCGCUCCCCCGAAGGAGGACCUCUUCAUCAACGAGCGCAUCGGAGUGGACACAAUCCACCUCCGGAACCACCAGAACGAGGCGGUGCGAUCGUUGAACAUUAUAGAUCUCCGCACGCAUUUUCAAUUGGUCAUUCCUAUGGCUUCCGAACCUUCUUCUGAAAUCCGCAAAGCUGAUAGACAGUGGAUCAGCUUUUUUGGGGUUCCCAAAAAGGUGUUGUUUGACCUGGGCACUGAAUUUCAAGCUGAGUUGCGGAGGCAGAUCCAGAACGAUGGCAGCGAGGGCCUCAUCAGUUCUUUGGAGACCCCAACACAACGAGGCCUCACUGACCGUCCGGGGGGGGUCUUCAAAAACAUUCUUUACAGGUCUAUGAUGGACUACCAGUGCUCUACUCAAGCCGAGUUGCUCGAACUGGUAGACGUGGCCAUCAUGACUCGAAAUCGCCUUCUACUUCGAGCAGGAUAUUCACCAAUCCAACGGGUUGUCGGAUAUAGUCCUCGACUUGCUGGAGGCCUACUAUCCGGAGGCGAAAACGAUCACAUGGUUGCCGGCCUGAUCGCAGUGGGCGAUGUGGACGUCCUUCGAGCGACCAAGAUGCGAAAGGCAGCAGCCAUAGCUUUCCACGAAGCUGAUUGUGAUCAAGCUUUACGUUCAGCCACCCUCUCAGGACCAAGGAAGCUAGCUGACUUUGAAGCUGGCCAGGCCGUCUUCUUCUUCAGGAGGGGAGCAGACUCGACCAAGAAGCUACGCCAAUCGUAUUGGCAUGGCCCGGCAUCUCCAGAGAGAGUUCGACACGCCACCGAGGAGGAGAACAUGUCAGUGAGCGGCUGGUUACGUGGCCUGUGCAAGACCCGACAAGCGUUUGAACAAGUUCCUUCCAAGCACUUCCUGGACCUCACCAAGGACGUUGACGACAUUCCCGACGAGCACGAUGCUAACGAGGAUGACGACGGUGACGCUCUUCAGGAACUACUACCAGAUCCUGACCGACGAGUACGACGGAAGACCGGCAACUACUUGACAAGGAACGAGGCGGACGAGCAGAACGUACCAGCGCAAGCUUCCGAAGCACCUGGCAAUACCGAACGUUCACGACCACCUCCUGGACUUGAAGGCGUACUACCUCCUCCACAGCCAGCGGGCCCGGAAGGAGCCGAACACGAACUUCUCUUGCCGGACGACAACGAGCAGGCCAACGAGACGGAGGACGUCAACGGCGACGAGGUCAACAAGGAGGCGACCGGCACGAAACGCGAAGCCGAAGACGAAGCACUUGGCCAUCCAGGCAAACGCAGUAGAUUGGAUCUCAUCGAGGUGUUCAAUCUUCAUCUGCAGAAUCUCAUUCGUCAACGCCAAAAGAAGGAAGCCAAGUUAGCAGACUUCAAGGGUGCUGACGCAGAACGGGCCAAGAAAGCCAUCCUCAAGGAAGUCAACAACAACCUUGGGAUUAAGGCGUACGAACUCCUCGGUCACGAACUUUCCAAGAAGAUCCGUAAGAACAAGCCAGAGAAGAUCAUGGAAUCUCGUUACGUCGUCACCAAGAAGCCCCUCGAGCCCUCCGACGGGGCGAAGGCACAAGCUGAAGGACUUCUCCUAGACGACUUGGACUGCUCGGCAGAGGCGAAGUGCCGACGCGUCAUGAAGGGCUACUCCGAAGAAGCGGCAGUGGAUUUGGAGUUCUCCGCGCCUCAGGUUCUUCGAGAUUCUGUGAUCUUCAUAGCGCAGGUGAUUGCCAGUCUUGGAUGGGGCCCAGGCUUCCUCGACUUCACGCAGGCCUUCCACUCGGGCGACGAGAUCAACCGCGAGCUUUACUGCUCUCAACCGAGAGAAGGCAUACCUGGAGCCCAUCCAGAACAGCUAUUGCGACUUCUCAAAACCUGCUACGGCCUCACAGACGGACCCCUUGCUUGGUACCGUCACCUGGUCCGUCGACUACGUGAGCUUGGUUAUCGACCUAGCCAUGCCGAUCCCUGUGUCUUCUUCUUGCACGGUGGCAGUGAUGAAGAACCUUAG